UGCAGAUUGCUCGCCCGUUAAAGCCACAACAGUGCAGAAUGGAUGGAUUUCACGAUCAGCAAGUGCCUUACUAUAACUCCAGACUGCAAGAAAAGACAACGAGCUGCGAGAGGCCAGCAAAUGACAGAAAGAGAAAACUCAUUAAGUCCGACCUGGCUCUGGACACUGAAGAGCUCUUCCAGGACCUCAGUCAGCUGCAGGAGACUUGGCUAGCAGAAGCUCAAGUUCCCGACAAUGAUGAGCAGUUCGUUCCAGAUUUCCAGACUGAAAACUUGGCGUUCCACGGACUGCAGCUGAAGAUCAAGAGGGAGCUGCACAGCCCGUGUUCAGAGCUGAGCUCCAACUGUAGCCAGGAGCGGCCCUUCAAACUCCAGUAUGGAGAGAAGUGCCCGUACAUCAUCAGUGCCUAUGAGCAGAAGCAGCCCACAGGAAUGAAGCCCUCCAGCCCAGUGACACCCCCCUGUAGCACCCCUGUGUCCCCACUUCAUCAUGGCUCACCCACGGCGGCCCCGACGCCCAAACCAGACAGGACCUACACCCACAUACCGCCCUCGCAGCCUCUCCCUGAUAACGCCUACACUAUGGACCACAGAUUUCGACGUCAGCUCUCAGAGCCUUGCCACUCGUUUCCCUCCCCGCCGACAAUGGCUCGGGACGGCCGGCCCAUCUACCACAGGCAGAUGUCGGAGCCCAACAUCCCUUUCCCUCCUCAAGGCUUCAAACAGGAGUACCCCGACCCCCUCUUCGAACACCCGGCCAUGAUGGGGGCCCCUAUUCCCCACACAUACCCAGCCGGCAUGAUGAUCAAGCAGGAGCCGAGGGACUUCACCUAUGACUCAGCAGAAGUGCCUAGCUGCCAUUCUGUCUACUUACGGCAAGACGGCUAUCUGGCUCACACUAACAGGACUGAAGGUUGUAUGUUUGACAAAGUGGCGAGGCACUUCUACGACGAUACCUGCGUGGUGCCUGAAAAGGUGGAAGGCGACAUCAAACAGGAGUCGGGCUUGUACCGUGAGGGCCCGUCGUACCAGCGCAGAGGCUCGCUGCAGCUCUGGCAGUUCCUGGUGGCUUUACUGGAUGACCCGUCCAACUCCCACUUCAUUGCCUGGACCGGCCGUGGCAUGGAGUUUAAACUCAUUGAGCCAGAAGAGGUGGCACGUCGGUGGGGGAUACAGAAGAACCGGCCAGCGAUGAAUUACGACAAACUCAGCAGAUCAUUGCGCUACUACUACGAGAAGGGAAUCAUGCAGAAGGUGGCCGGCGAGAGAUAUGUCUACAAGUUCGUGUGUGACCCCGAGGCCUUGUUCUCCAUGGCUUUUCCUGACAAUCAGCGGCCGGUGCUGAAAACUGACAUGGAGCGGCAGAUCAACGAGGAGGACACGGUGCCGCUGUCGCACUUUGAUGAAAACAUGGCAUACGUACAGGAGGGACCCUACUGCCAGCCGCACCCCUACAGCGAGGGCUACGUUUAUUAACGUCAGCCCCACAAAACCCACACCUCCACCCUACCCUCCUCCCACCUGCCUCCAUCCGUACACAUGAGACUGUCGUGUCCUCUAACUCGCAGCCGCUCGGGGAAUUAGACUGAACACACACAUGCAGCGGCGCUUCCCUUCCCCUCUGUCUCAAACACGUACACGUCCUUUUGCUCUUGUCUUUCUGACCGCACAGCAAGAUGGAGAGUGCACUUUAUGGACCGGAAUGGCGCGAUGUUAGCCUGCCGGGGGCUAGCUAUGUGAUUGGCUUUUUACUCAUUUAUGUUUGUACAUUAAUGUGGGAAUCAUUCCGUUUGUUUGUUUGUUUGUUUUUUUGAAGUCUUUAUGAUUUUGAGCAUGUGCCUCCCUAACGAGACUGGACUAAUUUACGGUCACUUUGAUCUCCUGCUAAAGAAACCGUCUCAUCUACACUCACAAAAGAUGGCCAUUUGUUUGACUGUCUUUCUUUUUGUCUUCAUCCUGUACUGGAAACGUGUUAACGAUACUUUUAUGGUGAAGUGACAUGAUUAUAGACUUGAAAAAGUAAUGUGAUUAUAAAAGAGACAUUUAGCUAUCAGUGAGAACUGCCUCGCCACCGGUCUGAACACCGCACCUCUGUCCGUCAACGCCCGUCGUCCAAUCAGACUGUAGAUUUCAUCAUGUAGGUGUUGUAAUGACAUAAACUCCACUGGAUCCUCAGCAGCUCAACAACCUUGUGGGUUAGUAAAGAUGAGACUUUCACUUACAAGGACGCACUCCGGGAAAAAAAAUGUCUGGAUGACAAAAAAAAAAUACUUUCUCUGCAUCACACGUGAAUGGCCUGUGUUUAGGAUCGAAGACAAAGCUACAGGCUGCUGUAAAAUAAGUCAUUCACUGUAAACAGCAGUUUCCUUUCUGUUCUGUAAUGCGUCAGAGCAGGAGUCACUCAUUCGUCCUUCAGGUGUUCAGUUUUUCAAUGGAUAACAGGUGAAAAGUGUAUGUACAGUCAAAGUGGUUACAGCAACCAGUCAGUUCAUAUUCAGGAUAAUGUUUGCAUCCCCAGCUAAAAAACAAAAAAACAUCUGAUUUCAUUGGCACAGACAAUAAAAAGGAAAAAAAGAUAUAAAAUCGAAUUUCUCCCUUGAAU